GUUAACGGUAUUAAUCGUUAUUCUAUUUAUAUUGUGUUUGCACCCUUAUAUUAUUUUACCUUCGGUCCUGAUAAUUAAUAUUCAAGUAGGCAUUAUACGCGGUCGCGUCGGUAAAGCCUUGCAUUAUAAUAAUAGUGCGGCCAUAGACGUUUGUGCCGGUUUCUUUUGGUCGCUGUCUAUCUAUAUAGUUAGGCCUUAAGCAGAAUGUCUUAUAAGACUCCAAACAUAAGACAGUACUUCAAGACACGUAACGCACAAUACUGUCUCAUGUCUGGAGUUUUACAAGACAGCAAUUCUGCUUAAAGCCUUAUUGCAAGAAUAAAAAUGUGGGCACACGUUUUUCUCACCAAAACAAAAACGCACUUACAAGUACAAAUCAAAGACAUUUUAAAAUUUGACCCCGACCGUUUUGACGAUAGUGAAGAAGCAAAAAGAAAAGUGUUCUACAUCAUUCACAAUAGGCAAAAGACACCGUGUCAGGUGACAAAAAUUGCAGAAUCAAAAGAGGAAUUAUUACAAGGGAAACGAGUGCGUAUACCGAAGUUGAAUUAUUCCGAUGCAGAGACCAGUAAUAAUAAUUCCAGUGACGAAGAAAAAGAACUGUCAAAUCAGAAAAAAAGCCGAGAAGAAAGUAAAAUGCAGCACAGUAUUGAACGAAAUAUCCAUCGUGAGAAUAGCCAAAAAAAACUAUAUUCUAAAGAUCUGGUAGAAUGCAGAGAAGAACUGGAACGCUGCCAAGAAAAGCUGCAUUUAUGUCAACUGCAACUUGAGGAAACGGCAGAAAAAGAGAAGCAAUGGUCAGUAAAAUACGCGAAACUAAAAGAAAGUAAGGCUUUUCCCUUGACGGAAGCCACAGGGCAGCAAAUCGUGGAUCUCCUCCUACAAUUAAAGUUGGCAAAAGGACGAACAUUGCCACAUCAACACCAUGUGGCAAAUAGUGAUAUAUCUAUCAUGGACAACAAUAAUGAAGAUGACAACUUCAUAAUUCCGAAAGAAGUGUAUAAUGAAAUUAUGCGGGAAAAAGAUAAUGGAAAAGUUUUAAAUACCUUGUCAUACGCAGCCUGGGGCAUAGAAAUCCUGGCAAAUAGAGUCGUACGUUCAGCAGUAAACACACCGUACAAAGAACUGACUCCGCAGAAGAAAGCGGCUGUAGUAAAUAUGUACGAGCGAUGGUUAAGAGAAACGCGUAAACUUCCCGAACACAUAAUCAAUGAAGAAGUGGAAAGGAGGAAAAUAAACGAAAGAUUUAAUAAAGCUAUAACAGGAGCCCGCAAAAAACUACGUCAGAUAACCGAUAAAAAAACGAUGACCGAAGAAGCAUCAGCAUUAAAAGAAAAAUUUGAAAAGAAUUUGCGUAAUAAUUCAUCGGACAUCAGUGAUAAGGAAUAAGUAUUUUAUAUUAUUAUUUUUGUUUUUAGGUUUUAUUUAUAGAUGAUGUUUGUCAUGAAAAGCCAAGACAAGGCAUUUUCUUUAUUUUAUUGUUGCAAUAAAAACCAAAGAACAUAAAGUUGAUUGGAACGAACAGUGAUAAGUUCGAAUGAGUAGAGUUUUUAGGUUUUGUUUUGUACAAGACGUUAUAGACGUAAUUUAUUUGUUGAUGUUUAUCAGUUUUUACGUUCCAAAUGGAUUAUUAUAUAAGUAAUUAUUUUACCUAGAAUCUUUAUCUACGCAAUCAGUAUCAGAAAAAUAAUGUAUCUUUAUGUUAUUAAAAAUUAAAAGCAAAAUAUUUGCGCACAUACAAAAUAAAAUAU